AUGGAUGCAUUGGCAUUGACCGAGGCCAAUGCUCCGGCGGCAGAGCAUGAUGGCCCUCCAACUGAGACCGUCGUGGACGAGAGAUCGCCUGGCGAGGGCGAGAACAAAUUUCAGAAAGCCUUAGCAGCAUGGCGCAAUAUUGACCUCUCUUCGUUAAUGCCGCAACUGGACUCUACCGCGUCGGAAAUCGUGGCCCAUCAGCGAGAUGCACUUGUCGAACGAAAGGAACUAGCUCAGAAGACCAAAGACUUUAGAAAAUUGGAAGAUGCAGCAAAAUUGACGGAAUACAAGUCCUUACUGAAAGCGUACCAAGGAUUCAUCGAUUUGAUUACCGGCCAUGGAAAGACAGCCUCGUCCGCGUUCCUUCAACUGUAUCAAUCUCUUUCCGAGGCACCCGAUCCUUUCCCUCUACUAGAGGCCUCAGUCGACUCCCUGGUCGCCUCCGAAGACACCGUUCCACGACUGACCGUUGAGAACCAACAAUUGCUCUCAAGGGUCAAUAAGUUAUCCGCACAGUUAGAGGAGACAGAGAAGAAGUUGGAAGAAGAAAGCAAAGCUAGGUCGGAUGCAGAGGCUGGGACAGGCAGUCUAGUCCAAGAAAUCGAGGAGAAGUGGGCGAAGGUCUUGGAGGAGAAACAAAACAACUGGGCGGCGAAGGAGCGGGCGCUGGAGGAGAAGGUCGAGAACCAGGACCGGGUGUUGAAAGAGUUGAAAGCUAGCUAUGAAGUCUCGCAGCGACUUGAAGAAGGCUCUGCUGAGAUGGCGGCCUCGAAAGCUGCCAAUGUCGAGUUGGAGCUGAUGACGUCCGAGCUUGAGAAGACGAGCGUCCGACUUGCAGAGAUCGAGGCUCGGAAUGAACAGCUCCGUGUCGACCUAGCUCGGGCAACGUCACAAAACGCAACGAGUCACGCCGUCGAAGACGACCCAUCUUUUCUACGCUUGCAAUCUGAAAACUCCUCACUUCUGAGAAAGAUUGAAUCGCUCCGCUUCGAUCGAGAUACGGAGAAGCGAAAAUGGGACGAUAAGCUUCGCCAAGCGGAGAGACAACGGUCCCAGUUCGUGGCGGAGAACGAGGAGUUGAGAGCCAAGGUAGCCAGAUGGUCCGAUUACGGAGAUCUCAAGCGAGAGCUAGACACUCUCCGUUCGAUAGAACUGUCCGUUGAAGAUGAUGAAGACGCACCUGAGGGCGGACUGGAUGGGACGACGGAGAGUGGCUCGAAGCAAUCACUGGAACACCUCCUGCUUGCACGGAACAAGAAACUAAGCAACGAGCUGACUUUGCUCCGGGUUUCGUACCAAGACCUUCAGAGCCAGUUUGAAGAUCUUCAAGAAGAGUUUUCCCGAACGAAUGCGGACUUGGAGAAAUUCCAGAAGCUCUCAUCGACACUCGAAAACGAUCUUCUGAGAGUACAGGAGGAGGCUGCCAAUGCCCUUCCAUCAUCCGGAAUGUCUGUGGCGGGGACCCAUGUUUCACGGCACCCUACCAGCUCCUUCCGGCGAGGCAGAGCAUCGCCAACCUCGUCCAUCAUCUCAGGCUACGAGAUGCAACCUCGCAGCACCACACUUGAGGCUUUGCGAUCUGGAGAGCCUGUUGGUGGAGGCUCUGGUAUUCUGCCAAUGAUUCAAGCGCAGAGAGAUCGCUUCAAGGAAAAGAACCAGCAACUCGAGGAAGAGCUUGCAAAGACUUACGCGACCGUGACUUCACUGCGCCAGGAGGUCGCCUCGCUACAAAAAGACAAUCUGAACUUAUACGAGAAGACAAGAUACAUCUCUGCGUAUAGCCGUGGCCCGACGAUGACAUCUUCGUCUUCAUACUCCGGUGCUCCUGGACACACGGCGGUUUAUACUGCGGAAGAUGCCACGUCGGAUCGGUGGAAGUCCCAGUACGAAGCCAACAUAUCACCCUUUGCGGCAUUCCGGGGUCGUGAGGCUGCUCGGGCCUAUAAACGUAUGAGCUUCCCAGAGAGGAUCAUUUUCUCCCUGACGAGGAUCGUUCUUGCUACAAGAACUUCGCGCAACCUCUUUGCCGCAUAUUGCAUGGCGCUCCACAUAUUGGUCUUCAUGAUGCUAUAUUGGAUGGGCACAGCCGAUAUUGAGCGGAGUGCUAUCCACCUAGGGGAAGCUGCCACGGCUGGCGGUGUGGGUGUGGGUGUGCAGGCUCCUGAUUCACACGGUGCAGAUUGGCAUCAAGAAGACUUUGGAUAG